AUGUCCUUUCUUGACAAGCAUAACCAGAGGUUCAGAUACGAGAAUCUCAUGGACAUACGUAGCUGGGCUACAGUUCGAAACAAGGGCAUUGAUCCCCACCAGGGGCUUAGGAUCAAGAAUGUCAAGCAGAUGAGGAUGAAAUUCAGAGAGACUAUCAACGGGAUGGUCCCAGCCGAUCAAAGGAUGGUGCCGUUUAGCCCAAUCGUUCUUUACAGUUUCCUUCCUGUAAUCCCAGCAGAAAUCUCUUUGCUCCUGAAUAUUGGCCGGCUCGUGUAUUGCCCUGUGCUCAACUACACAUCUAAAACGGGGCUCUUCCAAAGGGCACCUCCAACGGAAGAUGUGGGUUGCUUGGGUUCAAAAUAG